ACUUUGUCAUGGAUUGAAUCAUGAGCGGUGGACUGCAACGUUCUUGUUCCGGCUUGCGUACUUGUGUUUCAGCUGUCGAGACUCGAGACGUCUACACUACAUCAUAUGACCAUAAGCCAUAACGAGCAUUCUACUGGUUACUUAAGGACUUGAAGAAUAACUGGACUGGGGCCUGAGCUAUAAGAUGGAUUCAUCAGCUGAUGGCUGUGUACCAGAAACUGCACCUAAUGACGAACUACAAAUAAUGACGAACUCAACUCAGAGUCCCUCCCAUUCGAUGGCAUCUUCCAGCGCAUCAAACUACAAAGUAAUCCCACCAACUCUCUCUAAUUCAGUGGCAUCAACCAACAAAGAAAUCCCACCAACUCUCUCUAAUCCAGUGGCAUCUUCCAGCGCAUCAACCAACAAAGAAAUCUCACCAACUCUCUCGAAUCCAGUGGCAUCUUCCAGCGCAUCAAACAACAAAGAAAUUCCACCAACUCUCUCUAAUCCAGAGGCAUCUUGCGGUGCAUCAACCAACAAAGAAAUCCCACCAACUCUCUCGAAUCCAGUGGCAUCUUGCGGUGCAUCAACCAACAAAGAAAUUGGACUUCCAUCAUCAAAAUCCCUGAAUGGACAAGAUUUAUCUUUUAAAAGUAUUGAUGGUGAUGCACAAAUUCCUAAAUGUGUAGAGGCGCAAAUAAAAGUGUUGAGAAGUGUUGGUUUGCACAGUAAAUUACCUAAAGGAAUUGAUUUAAAAGUGUCCACUGCGACUGAAACUCGAUAUUGCCAACACCCUGGCCGCAGACGCUAUCCGAGUUCACGUUACCUCCACCACGAUCGCUUUAAAAGACCCAGCCACCUUCAUAGGAGAGAGAAGCGUUCCAGCUUCAAGAAGAAAAAGAAAAGGCGCACUAAAAAAUUACCUUGUCCAGUGCUCCGACCUUUUGGCUCACAAGUUCCUCGUGCUCCUGAAAACAGCACACAAUUCAUUAUGGAUAAUCAUGAAGACUCAAAUUUAUUUUUCAACUUUGACUCGAAUAACGUUUCUUCAGCUGCCGAAGAUGAGUCUUUUAAAUGUGAUCUUUUAGAUGCUUAUUCUCAGGCUGAGUUUGAAACUUUAUAUCGGUCUUCUCAUGAGGAAAGUCUCAUGAACAGCACCAUGGUGGAGCUCAAAACUGCAAUCAUACAUUUGGAAAGUCGGUGUGCUACUUUGGAACACAAAAUUGCAUCUCGUCCUUCAGUUCUGCUGGACAGCCUGCAGUCGUCACUCAUCAAGUUACAAGAAGAAAACAGGAAGCUUCGUCAAGAACAUCAACAGCUUUUAAAUCCUGGACGCAAGAGCAGGACAUCUGGUAGUUCAAGUUCUUCCAUGUCAGGUUCUUCGUCUUCAAACAGUGACUCUGAUUCGAGCUCCAGCUCGAGUAGUGACACUGAUGAGCACGGAUCUGCUCAUGAGAACUGAUUUAUUAGCUGAUUUCUUCGUCACCUGUUUACAUCUGACAUAAUUUUUUUUGCCAACGUUUCUUUUAAAUUUAGAAUCGGACCUUAGUAGAAUAUAAAUUGAAUUAUUACGAUCCGUCAAGGUUCGGUUUUUGUGCGUUAUCUGGAAUACUGAAAGGUAAUUAGUGCUCGGUUAUCUCUCAAAUUCAUGAAUUUUAUACUUGCUGCUAUUCCAGUUAGUGUUGCUUUGCAUGCUUCGUGUGUCAAGUAAAAUUUAAAAGUUUU